AUGGCCCAAGUCAACACACUGGCUGUAAGCCUUCCCCAACUGGCCAAAAUGAUCGACCACUCCCUCCUCCACCCAACAAUGACAGACGAAGACAUCAUCGCCGGUCUCAAAAUUUCCAAGGAAUACAACGUCGCCACAGCUUGUGUAAAGCCCUACCACAUUCCACUAGCCAAGCAACAACUCCAAGGCACAGACGUCGACAUCUGCGCUGUCAUCGGCUUCCCGCACGGAAACAGCACCACAGAAAUCAAAAUACAGGAAGCCAUUGCCGCAGUCCAAGCCGGCAGUCAUGAGAUCGACAUGGUCGUCAACAUCGGCAAAGUCCUAGGUGGUGACUGGGGAUAUGUCUCGCAGGAAAUCGAACAGAUCAACACUGCAGUCGUGCAACAGGGUGCUAUUCUCAAGGUCAUUUUCGAAAACGAUUACCUCCAGCCUGAACAUAUUGUGCAUCUCUGUAAGAUCUGUAACCAGUUGCGUGUUGCUUUUGUCAAGACUUCGACUGGGUACGGCUUCGUCAAGCAAGCUGAUGGGUCUUACAACUACAAGGGGGCGACUGUGAACCAUCUCAAGCUGAUGCGCCAGUAUUCUGGCCCUGGUGUUCAAAUUAAAGCUGCUGGAGGUGUGAGGACUCUUGAUGAUUUGCUUCAUGUUAUGAGUCUUGGCGUGACUCGGAUUGGGGCUACUGCCACUGUUGCUAUCAUCGAGGAGGCGAAGAAACGGGGGAUCGGUAUGGAUGAAGUACAAGUCAGAUUCAAGCCUAUGAAGGAGGAUGGUGAGACUGGAGGAUAUUGA